UCCACCCUCUCCCACACAUUCUCAGACGCCAUUAUGAGCAGAACAGUCACAUUAGAAGCCGCUCCGGCGACGACGCUGUCGGUCGAGAAGAAAACUCCGACCAUUCGCCAAAUCCGCAAUGCCAUCCCCGAGCACUGCUUCAAGCCCACAGCGUGGAAAUCCUCCGCCCACGCCAUCUUCGACUGCUCCGUCGCCGCGCUGAUCGCCUUCGCCGCCUACAAGACCAUCCCUCUUGUCGAGUACUGGCCCGCUCGCUGGGCAUUGUGGGCGCUGUACGGUUACAUCGAAGGUCUCGUCUUCACGGGCAUCUGGAUCGUGGCCCACGAGUGCGGACACGGCGGUCUCUACACCAGCAACUGGGCCAACGACAUCGUCGGAUACACCCUCCACACAUCCCUCUUGGUGCCGUACUUUCCCUGGAAGUACACCCACGCCCGUCAUCAUCGCUACACCGGACACAUGGAGAAGGACACCGCGUUCGUGCCGCACCGAGCGGGCGAGAAGAGUAUUGGGAGCAAGAUUGCGGAGGUGAUUGGACACGCUGAGGACGCUCCUCUGUAUAUGUUUGGUGGACUUGUGAUGCAUCAGCUUUUGGGCUGGCAGGCGUACCUCCUCUUCUACGUGAGCGCCGGGGCGCGGUCCACUCCUAAGGCUUUGGAGGGCUCGAGCUGGGCGGGAAGCCAUUUCGACCCGAUGGCCAACUUGUGGACGCCUUCGCAGCGGCCAUUCGUGUUCUUGUCGACAGUCGGUCUCGGUGCGGUCAUGUUCGCUCUGUACCAGCUCUCCGGCGUGAUUGGCGUAGCCAACACAUUCCUGUUAUACGGCCUGCCCUACCUCUGGGUCAACAACUGGUUGGUCGCCAUCACUUACCUCCACCACACUCACCCGGACAGCCACCACUACGAGGCCUCGCGCUGGACCUUCCUCGACGGCGCCUUGACCACUGUCGACCGACCAUUUGGCUUCAUCGGCCGCAAGGUCUUCCACGGCAUCAUCGACUUCCACGUCGUUCACCACCUCUUCCCAUCCAUGCCAUUCUACCACGCCGAAGAAGCCACCAAAGCCAUGAGGCCCGUUCUCGGCGACUACUACCGCCGUGACGACACCCCGUUCUGGAUCGCAUUGUGGAAGACAUUCUCAAGCUGCCAGGCGGUGCAGCCCAAAGAGGGAGAGGAGGGAGUUCUCGAAUGGGAGACGAAGAAGACGCAUGUUAAGAGCGCGUGAUCGUUUGGCAUAUUGAGCGAGGCGUUGCAUAUCGU